CGGCAGCCAAAAAAUUACAGGCGAUAGCCACCAACCAAACUCACAACACCGCAAUAGUGAGAGGAAAAAGGAGAGUGAAAAAUGGAGAAGAAAUUGGCGAAAUGGGGUUUCAAGAACCAGAAAGAGCAGACUCUCACCAUAAGAGAUACUCUUGAAAGAUUAAAGGAAAAUCUCAAAGAAACUGAGCAAAGGCCACUUGUUCAUCUGGGCCAUGGCGACCCUUCACCUUACCCAAGUUUCAGAACUACCCCUGUUGCCGAACAAGCCCUUCUCUCCGCCCUCCAUUCCGCUCAGUUCAAUGGCUAUGCUCCGGGUGCUGGUCUUUCUGCAGCUAGAAGGGCCGUUGCAGAAUAUUUAUGUGAAGAUCUUCCAUAUAAGUUGUCGGAAGAAGAUGUUUUUCUCACUGCAGGUGCUAAUCAUGCAAUAGAGGUUGUAUUAACAGUAUUGGCUCGUCCUGGUGCCAACAUAUUACUUCCUAGGCCAGGAUAUCCAUUAUAUGAAGCUCGCGCAGCAUUUAGCAAUCUUGAGGUUCGGCAUUUUGACCUUCUACCCGAGAGAGGCUGGGAGGUCGAUCUUGAUGCUGUGGAAGCUCUAGCAGAUGAUAACACUAUCGCCAUGGUUGUAAUCAAUCCUGGAAAUCCAUGUGGAAAUGUUUUCACAUUUGAACAUAUGCAGAAGAUUGUGGAGAUGGCACAAAGGAUAGGAACUCUUUUGAUUGCAGAUGAAGUUUAUAACCAUCUUGUUUUCGGGUGUAACAAGUUUGUGCCAAUGGGAAGUUUAGGAUCAGUCACUCCUGUUCUUACUCUGGGGACAAUAUCGAAGAGGUGGCUCAUCCCGGGGUGGCGGUGUGGUUGGAUAGCUGUGACUGAUCCCAACAGGAUCCUUAAUAAAACUGGGAUUGCCGAUUGCAUUGAGAGCUAUCUUAACAUAACAGCGGAUCCUGCAACUCUCAUCCAGGGAGCUGUUCCUGAAAUCCUUGGGAAAUCGACAAAGAGUUUCUUUUCAAAAACAAAUGAUACACUUAGAGAAGUUGCAGACACAUGUUACGCUAAACUCACUGAGAUUCCUUCACUCAUCUGCCCACACAAACCAGAAGGAGCUAUGUCUACAAUGGUUAAGAUAAAUCUUCAGCUGUUGGAAGGCAUGGAGGACGACAUGGAUUUUGCUCUUAAGCUGGCUAGUGAGGAAUCAGUUCUUGUUCUGCCAGGAUCUGUAUUGGGAUUAAAGAACUGGUUACGCCUAAGUUUUGCUGUGGAGCUGGCUGCUCUCAAAGAUGGACUUGAGAGAUUGAAAGCUUUUUGUUCGCGCCAUUCCAAGAAGUAAAAUUUAUUGUCAUUCAUGAUAGCAAAACUGACUCCCGUUUGCAUCAAAUCAUGUUUGGUGACAGUGCACAAUAGAUACUCACCGACGUAACUUUGCUAUAAGUUAAUGAAUUCUGGUGAUGGAACGCUAGGCAUGUAUGGGGAGAAUUUGAACCUGCAGAAACAUGUGAUUAACAGUUCUGCUGCUAUGGCUUAUAUCAAUGCACAAACACCUGAAAACUGCA